UGAACAUGGCUGCUGCCGGCAGUCCGCAGUGGUGCAGAGAGAUGGUGGGAGCCAUGUGGAUGGGCAUGAAUGGCUGAGGUCUGGCAACUGUUGAUUUCAAGUAUCAUCCAGACUCCAGGCCUUGAGUGUGUCCCUCUGCCCUUCAGAGCCUGGGGCAUGAGACUGAAAAUGACAGCUCAGAAUAUUCGUGAGGAAGAACUAUCUUGUGCCAUAGAAAUGGAAGGAUUUGCAAAGGAGGUUCCUUGUUUCUCCAUUCUAGGGGAUAGCUGGGACUGUGAGAACCAGGAGGAACAUUUGAGGCAAUCAGCUUUAACUCCAGAGAAACCAGGGCCUCAGGAAGCAAUUAGUGAAUAUCCUGGUUUUGGGGAGCAUUUGAGUGCAAGCUCAGACCUUUCAUCAGCUCACACAAUUCCUACAACAAAUGGCUUCCAUAUACAGGACUCAGAUGUUAGAAGUUUGGAUUGUGACCUGGCCUUACACAGUUGUCCCAAAAGUUAUGCAGCUAAGAGAGCUAGUGACAGUGAUGCCUAUGGAAAAGCCUUCAACUAUUCCAUGGAAGUUACUCAAUUUGGAAGAAAUCAAAUGAGAGGGAAACCUUAUAAAUACUCUGAAAGUGUUAAAUCUUUUAACCAUUUUACCUCUCUUGGUCAUCAAAAAGUAAUGAAAAGAGGCAAGAAACUGUACGAGGGUAAGGACUUUGGGAACGUCUUUACUCUGAGCUCAUCUCUUAAUGAAAACAGGAGGAAUCACCCUGGAGAGAAACAGUAUAAAUGUACUGAAUGUGGCAAAUGCUUCAAACGGAACUCAUCUCUUGUUUUGCAUCACCGAACUCACACUGGAGAGAAACCUUAUACCUGUAAUGCAUGUGGAAAAUCCUUCUCCAAGAACUACAACCUGAUUGUGCAUCAAAGGAUCCAUACAGGAGAGAAGCCCUAUAAAUGCAAUAAAUGUGGGAAAGCUUUCAGUGAUGGGUCAGCUCUAACACAACACCAGAGAAUUCACACGGGUGAGAAACCUUAUGAAUGUCUAGAAUGUGGAAAAACCUUCAACCGAAAUUCAUCCCUGAUUUUGCAUCAAAGAACUCAUACAGGGGAAAAACCAUAUAGAUGUAAUGAGUGUGGGAAACCCUUCACUGACAUCUCCCACCUCACUGUGCAUCUCAGAAUCCACACUGGUGAGAAGCCCUAUGAGUGUAGCAAAUGUGGAAAGGCUUUCCGUGAUGGCUCAUACCUUACCCAGCACGAGAGGACUCACACUGGAGAAAAGCCCUUUGAAUGUGCGGAGUGUGGGAAAUCCUUCAACCGAAACUCUCACCUCAUUGUGCAUCAAAAGAUCCAUUCUGGAGAGAAACCUUACGAAUGUAAAGAGUGUGGGAAAACCUUCAUUGAGAGUGCAUACCUCAUCAGGCACCAAAGGAUUCAUACUGGCGAGAAGCCCUAUGGCUGUAAUCAGUGUCAAAAACUUUUCAGGAACAUUGCUGGCCUCAUUCGGCACCAGAGGACUCAUACUGGUGAGAAGCCCUAUGAGUGUAAUAAGUGUGGCAAAGCUUUCAGGGACAGCUCCUGUCUGACCAAGCACCAGAGAAUUCACACCAAGGAGACCCCAUAUCAGUGUCCAGAAUGUGGGAAGUACUUCAAGCAGAACUCUCACCUGGCAGUACAUCAGAGACUCCAUAACAGGGAGGGACCCAGCCAAUGUCCUCAAUGUGGGAAAACAUUCAGAAAGAGCUCAUCUCUUGUCCGACAUCAAAGGACACACCCUGGAGAACAACCCAUUGAAACAUAAUGAACAUGGGCCACAGUCUUCUCCCAGCUUGCUCUCAGAAUCCUACAUGAAGGUGUGUCUUCAGAUGUGCGUUCUCCCUGGUCAGUAGAAAAGAUUUUUUUUUUUUUAACAGAUGAGAUCUUGCUAUGUUGCUCAGGUUGGUCUCAAACUCCUGGCUUCAAGUGAUCCUCCUGCCUUGGCCUCCCAAAGUGCUGGGAUUACAGGCGUGAGCCACUGUGCCCAGCACAAUUCUUUAAGCUAUCCAGUGAAUUGAUGAAUGUGAGACAUUCCUUAGCCAUAUUUAUUAAAUUUAUUUGUUGGGGAAUUCCUGGAGGGAACAUAAGAUGGUAAUAAAUGUGGACAAAGCUUCAGGGAUGAUUCAGCCUAUACCAAACAUGACAGCACAUACGCUGGAAUAAAAUGUGAGCAUGUGAGGAAGAUACUUCCAUUGAGAUAUCCACUCACUUCUGCAUCAGAAUGCUUAAACUAGAAAGAACCUGUGAAGGUAUUUGGUAUGUAAUUGGUAUGAGGAAUCCUUUAAUAGGGAGUUUCCACCUUAUUGUACAUAAACAAACUCUUAAUAGAAUCAGAUCUUUUAAACAUAAUCAGGAAGAGAAGCUUUUGGUAGGAGCUCUUACUGUCUUUUCUGUAUCAGCAAACAGGUACUGGUGAGAGAUCCUAUACAACACUCCACCCACAGCACUACAGAAUUAUAGUUAGAUUUUGCUAUUUGAAAGCAUUUGUGUGUUUGAGUCUUGACAGAAUGCUGAGGACUUGUUUAGGAAGGGGAAAUUCAAUGAAGAAAUUGCUUAUGACUGAACAGCAAAGUUGUCCCUCUUAAAGCUAAAAAAAGCUCAUGUUAAGAUGGAAAGGGCUGCUUCUAAUAAACACAAUUUGUUGCUUUAGUUGUUGAAACAAAAAAUACUGAGUUGUUAUGUUUACAUUAUCACCCCCCUUAGCACCAUUGUUAUUCAUUUAGGACACUUCUAAUUUGUCCCAUUCAGCUUCUCUGAACCAUAAUUAUAAAGGUUUUGUUGCCAUGUUGAAAAUGCCUAUAGUAUGGUAAAAGAAAAAGAAAAGGCACAAGAAGGUUUGCUAUCUUUAUAGCUAUGUAAUAGCUAUGUAAACAUAUGUGCACAUAUGAACGUUGAUUGGAAGUGGAUGAUGGAGAAAUAAAUGUGGUUUUCUUAUGGAA